AUGACAGGUGAAAUAACUAUAUUAUACGGAUCUGAAACUGGUAAUGCAGAAGAAUAUGCCAAGUACUUGAAACAAAGAUUAAGAUCUUACAAUUUGAAACCAAUCAACCUUGCAUCACUAGACGAUUAUCCUUUGAAGCGAUUAGUAACACACACUUCGUAUUUAAUUAUAAUAUGUUCUACAACAGGACAAGGAGAAAUCCCUAGAAAUGGGAAGAAGUUUAUGAAAUUUAUCUUGAAGAAAAAAUUACCUCUGGAUUUAUUCCAGCAUUUGCAAUUAACAACAUUUGGUGUGGGAGACUCGUCGUAUGUUAAAUAUAAUUAUGCUAUAAAAAAAAUUCACACUAGAUUAAUGCAACUAGGGUGUCAGCUUUUAUCUCCUCGGUGUGAGGCUGACGAGAUUUCACCUGAAGGUGUUGAUGGAUACUAUAUUGAAUGGGAGGCUGAACUUAUUGCAGCAUUAUUAAACAAAUUUCCAAGUGCCAGUAAAAUUAGUUCUGAGGCUGUUCCAAUGCCUGAAUAUAGAAUUUCUGUUUCAAAAAGUGACACGACAAUAGAUCCAAAAGAGGUUAUUGACAAUCCCAUUGUGUCACGACUUGGAAAAGAUGGGCUCAAAUUAGGCACUGUAUUAGAAAACAACCGACUCACAAGUUCUAACCAUUUCCAAGACGUUCGAGAUUUUAAGUUUUCCAGCAAUGGGUUGAACUAUCUACCAGGAGAUACUGUUUCAUUGUUUCCAUGUAACUUCGAUGAGGAUGUUGACGCGUUAUUACAACUGCAGCCCCAAUGGCUUAAAAUCGCAGAUAAACCAUUAAAUUUGAAAAAUUUUCCACAUUUAGAGGGCGGGUUUGCUGACAUCUUAACAUUGAGAACGCUAUUCAAGUACCAUCUAGAUAUAAUGUCUAUUCCCAGACGAAGCUUUUUCGCUUUAUUAUGGCAUUUUGUUGACCCAUCGACUGAAGAUGGAGAAAGAGAACAAGAAAAAUUAAAGGAGUUUGGCAGCUUAGAUGAACCAGAAGAGUUGUAUGAUUACGCAAAUAGACCAAGAAGGCUGAUAUUGGAAACUUUACUAGAAUUCGAAAAUAAUUUAACUAUACCGGUUUCGUAUAUUCUAGAUUUGUUUCCUUUGAUUAGACCAAGAAUGUUUCUGAUUGCAUCAUGUCCAUCAUCCAAAGAAGUUGAAUUGGUUGUGGCAAUUGUUGAAUACAAAACAAUCAUAAGAAAAAUAAGACGUGGGGUGUGUACUAGGUGGCUUAAGAAUUUGAAACCGGGAGAUCAAUUCCUAUUCUCGAUACAAAGAUCCAGUUUCAAGUAUAAAGACGAUAAUAGCCCUAUCAUUAUGGUGGCUCCAGGUACUGGUAUAGCACCCAUGAAGUCUUUGAUUGAUGAAGUGAUACAAAACAACUCUAAGCAAGAGCUUUAUUUAUUUUUUGGAUGCCGCUUCAAAGAGAAGGAUAAUUUAAUCGAAUCGUUUUGGCAUGGAAAUGAAAAUCAAAAUCUACAUUUAGUCAGUGCUUAUUCAAGAGACUCGAAUUCCAAAUAUAGGUACGUUCAAGAUGCGUUGUUUGCCCAUUCAGAACUAAUUGGAAAAUUGUUAAUUGAACAGAAUGCAAAAGUGUUUGUAUGUGGAUCGAGUGGGAAAAUGCCUAGAGAAGUAAAGAUAACUUUUGUUGAAAUAGUAAAGAAAUUCACGGGAAUGGACGAGGGAGAUGCUCAAAAGUACAUUAUCGGCUUAGAGGACAAUGGUAGGUAUAAGGAAGAUGCUUGGUAG